AUGCACGCAACCAAGCUUCUUCUCGCUGCCGGCGCCGGGGCGCCGGCUCUCGGCAUGGCGAAUGGUCAGAAACCUGGUGUGACAGUGUACUUCGGCCGAUCUGGGACAGACACGCUCGGCAGAAUCUGUGAUGCUGGAGGAUUCGACACGGUUGUCCUCGCGUAUGUGACGGCGUCGUCUGAGGCAGACUCGGCAACAAACUACCCGGCAAUCAACUUUGGUAACAAUUGUGACUUUAGUUACGACUGGGUAGACAACAAGCCCUCGCGGCAGCUAUCGGACUGUACCCAGCUGGGCAUGGACAUUCUCCACUGCCAAAACCUGAGCAAGAAAGUGCUCCUCUCGGUUAGCGGCCCCUGGGUCCAGGACCUGGCCAAUGAUUAUGAGGUCACGACUGCCGCGGGCGGUGCAUAUUUUGCCAAGUUUCUCUGGAAGGCCUUUGGGCCAUAUGAUGAGACGUGGAGAGGAGCACGUCCUUUCGAUCUGGAUGAUAGUGGCACGCACACCGUGCUAGACGGCUUUGACUUUGAUAUCGACGUCCAGUUCGUGCAGCCGGACGGUUACACUACGCUGCUCAACCGACUUCGCUGGUACAUGGAUGACCACAACGCUGUGACGAAAGGCCGCACCAUGAUCAUGACUGGUGCACCGCGUUGUCCAAUGGCGGACGGUUAUUCGCAGAUCAAAGACCUGAUUUCGACGGUCGUAUUCGACAAACUCUGGAUCCAGUUCUUUGGCAACGACCUGUGCCCGGCUGGCAGCUCUGGAUUUUACUAUGAAGCAUGGGAACAGCUUGUGGGCAACAGCAUGAGCAAAGAUGCUCUGCUGUACGUUGGACUCCCACCUGUUAACGACGUCAUUGGCUACAUGAAUGAUGAGCAGGCCAUUGCUCUGGCCGAUAAGCUCAAGGGCCGUGCGAGCUUCGGCGGUAUGAUGGUGCACGGAGUCGAGCUUGCAAAAUCCAACUCUCUGAAGGACGGCACGCCUCUGUACCAGGCACUGUACGAACACCUCCAGCAGGACAAAGAGGACGCCGCGAUGGAUUUGAACAUCUCAAGCCAGACAACAACGCACGUUCCCGUCGAUGUGGUGACCAAGACGGCGAGUGUCACGGUGGCCUUCACCAAGACGAUAUUUGCAACUGCGUUUUCUUCGUCCCCGCCGUCUGCUGCCAAUUCGACCAGCGUGCUCGGUACGGGGACCGUGGGGACGGUCUUUGUGACGGCUUCGUGCUUGCCGUCUGGCACGGUGCCGGGCACAGCGCUCAGCGACAGCCUACCGAGCGGCACACGGACGGCCGCCACUCACAGCUAUUCGUACUCUGUGACGAGUGCAGGCACGUCGACGGCGAUUACUGAGCCGGCAAUGGCCGUGGCAAUGGCAGCUUUGGUCUCGGUAGCUAUCGUGUACCUGACAUAG